UCAAAGGUGUUUGUCAGUUUAUAUAAACCGUGUCUUCGAAUUUAUCACACAGUGUUCUGCGACAUUUUACGCACUUAGUUUUUGUACAGAGUACAGCUAAAAUAAAAAUGUUGCUGCUUAUUGCUGCUGGAUUUCUUGUUAGCAUCUCGCUGUGCUGGGGUCAGUGUAAUGUUCCUUAUAAUCCAUCCAGUACUCUACCUCAAAUAGACGUGCAGAAGGUCAACGGGAUCUGGUACGAAUAUGCCGUAGGUUUCGAUCAAGUAGGCUGGAAUAUUGUCAAAAACGGCACAGUGCGAGGAAUAUGGCCGAUGGACAGAAAUGGUCAGCAAAAGUACGCUGCUACCUGGUGGAUCAACUACUAUAUUCCGGUUGACCCUGCUAGAAACACCAGCAACGAUGCCAUGAAAUGUACCGCUAUCUGGCAUCACGGCAAUAUGACCUCACAGGGCAAACGCUAUGCUAUGUCCGUGUAUGGUGAUAUCAAUAGUCAGAUGGUGAACAUAACGACAACCAUAAUUUUUACCGAUUAUACCACUGUGGAAAUCGUCGCUGGCUGUGACGACUACCCUGCUCCAACCGACAACAUUUGCAGGGAACCGCUUUUCUGGGUGUUUACAAGAGUCAAACCGCCCACGCUGACACCACAGCAGAAGCAGUAUGUUGACAAUUCCAUCGACACCUAUCUCCGACCACUGUGUCGCGGCAUUCGGGAUAUGCGUUUUUCGGGAUGGAAUCUGCCCAUGGAGCCGCGAUUGCCGCCUUGUAAUAUCGCUCAAGGAACACCGGUGCCGUUUCCAUGGCCAGCUGGCAGUGCUGCUUUCCAGAGCAGCAUGCCGACACCACUGCGACAACAGCCGAUUUAAUAUACUCCAGAAGCUGAUCUGUGUGUUUGCAUCCACAAGCUUGCAUUUUUGCGAGCUGUUACCGUAUUAGUGGUUCACAAAACUUGGCUUCCUUUAUGUAGACAAGUAAACAGCAAAGCGCCAUCGUAGUGGGUGAUGAAUAGGGAUCAGUUUCAUGGUCUAUCACAUUAAAAUGAUUAUGCUGCA